AUGUCCAAACCCAACUGUCAAAGGCCACUCCACGUUAUCAUUGUGGGUGCCUCGAUCGCUGGCCUCACUCUCGCCCACUGUUUGUCCAACACUGGAAUCAAAUUUACCCUUCUCGAAGCAAGAUCUGAUACAUAUCCCAAUGGUGCUGGGCUUGCCAUCCUUCCAAAUGGCGCCCGUAUUCUCCACCAGUUGGGACUGUAUCAAGAGAUGUUGGUCCAAGGUCAAUGCAUGGUAUCGCAUAGCACUUGGCUUGAAACCGGACACCUCCUGCGACGAGUUGAUGCGGGACGAAUUCGAUCUUUCAGACGAACUGAUUAUCCUGUCCUCGUUAUCUCCCGACGGGCACUCCUAGGCAUUCUAUAUACUCGCCUCCAGAGCAGUCGGCUGUUCUUCAAUCGACGAGUCGUCCGCAUAGUGUCAUCUGCGGAUAAUGUUACGGUUCAUAGCGCAGAUGGCAUGAGUGUUUCCGGUGAUCUGGUGGUUGGUGCGGACGGCGUUCAUAGCACCGUGCGUAAGCAGAUGUGGCAUCAUAUCAGUGAAGCCAAUGGUGCUAUUGCCAGCUCUGGCUGGUUAUCUGAAGUCCCCUUGACCAAUUCCUUCGCUGGUGUUUUCGGUGUCGCUCAGUCGAUUCCCAGGCUGAAUAGAGGAGACGUCCAUCGGACUUAUGGACAUGGCUGGUUAACAGUUAUUAUGGUGGGAGCGGACUCCAGAGUCUGCUGGUUUAUGUCGAUUGCGCGCACAAUGAUGCCAGUGUUGAACUCGCGCCAUACUUCCGACCGCGCCUGUGUAUCCAGGAUCGUUGAACCUUUUCUGGAGAAGCAUGUUACCAGCGACGUCACAUUUGGCGAAGUCUUCAAUCGCUCUGAAUCAUGCAUAUUGGCGUCACUGGAAGAGGGAUUUCAAAACAGAUGGUCCUGGGGCCGAUUUGUAGGGAUAGGGGAUGCGGUACACAAGAUGGCACCGAACAUAGCAGAAGGUGCCAAUUGCGCCAUUGAAUCCGCCGCAUCGCUUGCGAACCAUCUAGUUUCCUUCACCGGCGAAUCCCCUUCUUUGUACACGGAAGAACGACUCACUCCAAUGUUGAAGGCUUGGGAAGAUUCACGUAAGCGCAGAGCGAGGGGUCUUUUUCUCGUCUCAUGGUGUGCGGUCCGCAUAGAAACGACAACUAGCUGGGUGCUCAAGGUACAACAAGUGUUUCUUGCACAAUUUCAUGCAAUGGGAAUUGGCUUGCUCACUUCGAUCACCUCGCGUACGGCACGAGUAGACCAUCUUCCUUUACCACUGCCGCAAAAGAGCAGUACACAGCAAGUUCCGAAGAACAAAGAGCACGAAAGUGUAUGGAACUUUCAUGUGUUACUACUACCCCUAGCAGCGGCAACCAGCUUCAUGUUCUAUGCUUUGCAUGCCCUGGUGAUGUAG